AUGGUUUCUAGACAGCAGCUCCUGAGACUGACCGAGGAGGCAAUUUGUCCCAUUUGUCUGGAUUUCUUCACUGAUCCGGUUAUACUGGAUUGUGGACACAACGUCUGCCGCUCCUGUAUCUCCCAGAGUUGGGAAAAGAAGGACAUAAACUCUUGCCCGCAAUGUAGAGAGGUGUUUCCGGAAAGAAACCUCAGGGUAAAUCGGCCCUUAGGGAAUCUGGCCGAGGUGGCUCGAAAAUUAAAGCUGGAUCCGACGGAGACGAAGAGUAAACCUCACUGUAAGAAACAUCAGAGAGAACUGGAGCUGUUUUGUGAAACUGACAGAAAGUUGGUCUGUGUGAUGUGUGUCACUGCACCGAAGCACAGAGAGCACCGCUUCAUACAGAUUAAAGAAGGACUUAAAAUAUACAAGGCUAAGCUGAAAUCUGCCUUAGAUUCUCUCACAGAGAAGAAAUCGGUGGUUCAAGAAACGGAACUGACCCAGAAACGGAAGAUUUCCGAAGUGAGGGAACAGGCGAGCCGUCUGCAGACCCACAUCAUAUCCGAGUUCACUAAAAUGCACCAGAUUCUCACUGAGAAAGAGCAGCGUUUACUCAGAGAUCUCAGGGAAGAAGAGGAGAGGAUUGUAGAACCAAUGGAGAAAAACCUUCGAGAGAUUCAGGAGAAUUUAAAUUAUAUUGAGGACAACCUCUCAAAGUUGCAGAAACAGAUGGAGCAAAAAGACGAGCUGAUAUUUCUGAAGGAGGAAGCUGGUCGGAAGAGAAGGAUUAGUGAGGAGACAGAGGCACUCUCAGCUGCUGAUGGCUCUCUGUCUCUCGCACAGUUCACUGGCCCUUUACAGUACACUGUCUGGAGACAAAUGAUACACACUAUUAACCCAGCUCCAGCCUCUCUGACUCUGGAUCCGAACACAGCGCAUCCCCUGCUCAUCCUGUCUGCGGACCGGACCAGUGUGACACUCGGAGACAAAAUGCAGCCGCUCCCUGACUCCCUGGAGAAAUUUUAUUCCUGGGAAUGUGUCCUGGGAUCAGAGGGAUACACAUCAGGGAGACAUUACUGGGAGGUGGAGUUGGGGGAGAAGACCUGGUGGUAUCUGGGAGUGGCCCGAGAGUCUGUGGAGAGGAAAGUGGUGGUGACCAUCCCGAGCCCGGAGUCUGGAUUCUGGAUUGUGGGGCUGUUACCCGGAUGGGGUUAUUUUGCCGCCACCUCCCCCUCCCUGACCCCCCUCUCCCCGAGUGUGAAUUCCCGGAAGAUCGGGGUUUUCCUGGACUAUGAAGGUGGACAGGUGUCAUUUUACAAUGCGGACAGCAUGUCCCAUCUCCACACUUUCACCCACACUUUCACUGAGAGGCUCUUUCCCAUCUUCCAUCCGGGAGGGAAUGACCGCGGGAAAAACUCCGCCCCGCUGACAAUCUGCGGGAUUGAAGGGCACUGA